GGAUGCGGAUUUGACGCCUCGCAAGCGGGUGAGCUGCGCGGCCGGGCCGGUGUGCGGGACCGGACUGGUGUGCGGGACGCGGUUAUGCCGGAAGGGUCGAGGCCGAGUUGGAUCGGGGCUGGUUCGUCGUUCGCUCCGUGAGUCCUCACUGCAGUCAUGAAACCUGAUGAAACACCUAUGUUUGACCCAAGUCUGUUGAAAGAGGUGGACUGGAGCCAGAAUACUGCAACAUUUUCUCCAGCCAUUUCCCCAACAUACCCAGGAGAUGGCUUGGUUUUGAGGCCUCUUUGUACCGCAGAUCUAAAUAGAGGAUUUUUUAAGGUACUGGGCCAGCUGACAGAAACUGGAAUGGUCAGCCCUGAGCAAUUUAUGAGAUCAUUUGAGCACAUGAGGAAAUCAGGGGAUUAUUAUGUUACAGUUGUAGAAGAUGUCACUAUAGGGCAGAUUGUUGCUACAGCUACUCUGAUAAUAGAACAUAAAUUCACCCAUUCAUGUGCAAAGAGAGGAAGAGUAGAAGAUGUUGUUGUGAGUGAUGAAUGCAGAGGAAAACAACUGGGAAAACUGUUAUUGUCAACUCUUACACUGCUAAGUAAAAAACUGAACUGUUACAAAAUCACCCUUGAAUGUCUUCCACAAAAUGUUGGCUUCUAUAAAAAGUUUGGAUAUACCGUAUCUGAAGAAAACUACAUGUAUCACAGGUUUCUAAAGUAAUGAUAGCAAGGAUCAUUUUUAGAAUGAAAGCAAAGAAAUUUAUUGCAACUAGGCUAUUCUUUUAGAAAAUCAAAGUAUUUUAUUGCUACAAAACCAGUGACACCUCCCCUUUCCCCCAUAAAAUAUCGGACAAAAAUUUUUAGUCUACAAGUUUGGCAUAUUAGAAGAUUAAAUUGGAUUGGUGGAGCAUGCUCUGAUAAUAGACUAUAAAUGAAUGUUAUGAAGGAGAAUACUUUUAACCAAAGGAAUAUAUUUUUAACUUGAAAUUUUUCCUGUAUUUUUCUAAAGUUGGGUUUUAUUCUUUGUAGUCAAAGUAUAGAGUAUCUGUUUACUAUCUUCUUAUUAAAAGAAAGAUUGUGGAAGAGAAUAUACUGUAGUGUACAAAAAUUGUUAGAUCACUAGUUUCUUUAAUCAUAAUAAAAAACUGACAUGGGUUUAAUUGCAAGCUGACUUCUUAAUAAACUAGCCAUGGUAACUCAUUGAACACAUAUUUAUUAAUAAUGUUGACAAAUAUCAGAUGAUCGCUUUAUAAAAAAAAUUAGGAACCUUCCAUUUGAAAUACUGUUAUUUGACAAAAAACCUAUUGAAUAUAUUGGGGGGAAUGAUGAGAUUCAAAGUAAGAAGUAGCUGUUUUAUCUGUGAAAUUUCAUGUAGCUCAUUUUAUCUCCAACCACAUCAGUAUAAUUUGAUUAACACUGAAUCUAGGUAUCUGUGUUUGAUAGAGAUAGUACACAUUGUCACAAUCUGUUUCCCUCAAUUCUGAAAAACAUCUAUCUCAUAGCUUUUCAUUGAUGCAUGCAACAUCAAGUCUCACUACCCUUUUGACAAACAUUUUAUGGAAAAAUCACAUUGCUUUUGUUGCACUCAUAAAAUUUGAUGGGGAUUUUCUCAGUGAUAACAUGCACUUUUUAGUAUUUGCUUUUUUAAAAUUUUUAGUAUCAAAUAAAAACGUACAAUUACUAUUCAUGUGAAUAGUACUCGAUUGAUAGAAUUGUAAAAUUUUUCAUGUUUCCUUCUAAUAAUUCUUGAAUUUCUAGGUCCUCAGGUAAUGGUCAGUGUUAUUUAUUAGCUGUUUGCAAAGUAAUUAAAGAUCAUCUGUUUUCAUCA